AUGAUGUUGCAAAACAUGGAUGAAGAGUGGGUUGAUUCUGAGGAUUCUGCCCCUUCCAAGCAGGAUGUGCUUUUCAAGAGUGUAAAUGAGAUAAUCCAGAGGCUCGACUCCUUAUCCAGGAAUGAGGCCUUGUCGAAAUCCCUUUUCGACCAAAGUGCCAGUAGCCAUAGGCUGCGGAACAUUCUUCUAAAAUUGAUAUUUAUGGACCCUGUAAAUUAUGGUCCUAAGUGCGAGGAGCUCAUGUGGCAAAGAGUUUUUUAUGAACCUAUCCGUAUUGCAAAAACAGUAAUCCAUAAUCAGGAAAUAGGUGAUCAAACCCAUUUUGUUGAGAGUUAUAGGGCGCACCUCAUCAGCGCCCUUGGUUUUUACCAGAACCUUUUGGUGCGUCUCCAACAAGAAUUUUACCGCCCCGAUGUAUGGCCCAAUGCAUGGCGCAUGGUUGGAAUUCACAGGAUUUCGUAUUCGAAGGACUCGGAAAUAAGUGUCGUAAACUCACAAUUAGCUGAGAGAGUUGCACACAAGGCCCUAAUAUACAUUGGCGAUUUAUAUCGGUAUCGCGUUGAGGUUGGGGAUUUUUAUUCUCGUGCUAUAGCCUGCACUUACUAUAAAAUGGCAGCGGCUAUUAAUCCUGAUAAUGGAACUCCACACAACCAGUUGGGUACACUUGAUGUUAGUAGAUGUUUUGGAUUGAAUACGGUUUUUCAUUGCCUCCGGGCCAUUGUAUCACCUGCACCCUUUGAGGGUGCCAAGGGAAAUUUGGCCGCAUUCCUACUCAACAACGAGGCUCGUUUUGUCAGCAUGAGAGAAAAUAAACUUCCUAUGCCAAGCUUGCAUUCUCAAGUUAUGAACCGAAAAGCAGCGAUAAAGCUCAAGGAUCUACGCAUCACUAUCAUCAAAUACCUCUUUCUAAUUCAUCGGAAUGCUCAAGCUUUUCUUAGAUCAGAUGUGAGUAUCGCUAAAUCACUGGACGAUCCCCAACUGUUGAAUGAAGUUGUUGAUGAUAUCAGUUUUAUGUUGCAUUCAGAAACUAAGCGCUUUGGUGCUAAGUGUAUAAAUCACAUGUUACCCAAGUUUACCGGAACUUUUAGCCAUGUGCCCGACUUUUGCCCCGAUCCUGAAUCUCUCAGACGCCAAAAAACAGCGAGUACACCUUUAUUGCCACCUGUUGUUCUGAGGAUGAUACUCAGUGUCCUUCUUGUCACGGAACUGCUUUCCGAAAACAAGGAUAAACCUAAAGAGACCGCAGUGGUACAGUUGUUUGAAUGCUCAAAGGAACUUCCACUGUUUACCCUUUAUUCGCUUGAUUUACUUCUUGUUCACUCCUUCCGUGCUAUGGCGAAAACCGUGAAUAUAUUUAAACUUGCUGCCCUUAAGUGUUUAGGCGUUGUUCGGUCGAAGCCUUUUAACACUUCACACAAUAGCUUUCAUUGUGGAAACCAGGAUUUAAAUAAGAGGAAUGGGAGUGAAAAAGGCGAUAUCUCGAACAAGGAGGACAUCUGCGAAAUAGGUAGUGUCAUGGAGGAACAAAAUGAAGAGCUUGAAGUCAUAUUACAGAAAGACGACCAGGGUGCGGACGAAGAAGAGAACGUGGAGUCAGACUCUUCGGAGAUGUCGUCUUGUGGUCCUCGCCUGCGACGGCUGCGACCUCGAUGUCGAAUGAUGGAGGAGGAUGAUUUUCUGAACUCUUCUUCCAGUGAAGAGGAUGAGGAUGAGGAUGAAGAUAGUGAAUACUCAGAGGGAUCUGAUGACUAUGACGAACAGGAUUGGAAUUUCCACGAAGACCAUAUGGGUGCUAACGUAAAUCAGCUCAAGUCUCAGAAUUCUGAAUCCCCACUUUCGUGCGAAGAAGUUACGAGAUCUCAGAUUGAUCCUGCUGAAAUCGGGGGUGUUCUGGCUGCAGCUAUGACGACUCAAAUUGGUCAGACAUUAGAUGUUGUAAACAAUGAGGAAAUUCAACUUCGUGAGGCGUCAGAGGGUGAAUCGGAAAAUGAGGUAGAUUGUAGUGUUGAAAGCGAUGCGAAGGGGGAUACUGCAGACAAGGAAGAAGCGGCUCUGAUUAAUGACGACCCAGCUGAUCAAAAUUAUAUCUGGCUACGUCUCUUCGUUGCUGCCCACUUCGUUGACAGUCUCCUUUCUGGCAUUAAACUCAUCACUGACUGGCUUUCCCUCUCCCAAACUUUUCUCCAGCAGGCAGCUUCUACCUAUAAGGUCCUAAUGCAGGAAAUCGCUUCGCACCUGGCGAGUUUGCUCAACUACCUAAGUCCAAUAGCAUGCAUUGUUGAGCAGGAACUAUCGUCAGAUCUCUUUUUACAAUCGAAGUACCUGGGUUUACCAACGGAUGGCAUCCGCACACCUUCGACAAUAUUUCCUCACAUUUCCGCGCAGUGUCGAGAGUUACUAAAGCGGGAAUUCCAACCGAAGGAUGAUUCAAAAAGGACAGCAUUGCCAGAGGACUGGCUCUUGCGUGGUAUGCCAUCUCUUUCAUCCCUACACGAAACAAUUGACUUCAAUAUGGACCCAUUGGAUAGUCGGAUAGAAGAGACCCUUUUGCGAUGUCUUACAUUGACUCGAUUUGGUCGUGAAUUUGCCAAGCUGGCAGAUGGAUUGGGUCUGAACUUCGUCUAUCACCAGGACGUGAAUUACUUUACGGCACCAUUGCCAUCAAAUGCCGCCAGUUCUAUCUCCCAUUGCCGCUCAAGAUGUUAUAGCGGUCCUGCUUCUCGAAAACACGUGCCAAGAAGGGGACGAAGAAGAAGAAGAAAAAGAGAACCUUAUAAACCUCGAGUUCAGUCAUUUCGAGCCGUGUCCCAGGAUGUAGAAAAUGAACGAAUGUGUCUUAGUCCUGACCAACAUUCCCCCGAUGCUGAUAAGUCUACGUUGUCACUGGCCAUGCGAGAGGAAACCAUGCGAAAUAUGGCGAAAAUGCGUCUUAAGAACCAAGUGGACAGACUCUCUGAAGAAAUGGAUAAGCGCGUCUUCACAUCUGUCCCCUCUGCUCCUUUAGUCGAUCUAAAAGACUCAAAUCUCCACUUUUCUCCAUACAUCGUGGUUGAUACAUUCUGCCUGAUUGGGAACACUAUUUUCAUGAAACGCCUAUUUGAAUUACAUCAAUAUGUCAUUAUCAUACCCAGAAAAGUAAUUGCGCAUCUUGACCAGUUGAAGAAGACGACUGCAACAGCGAGGUCAGCUACUCGAGUUUUGGAAGAGCAAACGGGAUGUGGCAGCGGAUAUGUUCGCAUUCAAACUGAAGAUGAAAAUCCACGGGAGCGCAUAAAACUUCGUUUGCCCAAAUCUCGUUCAAGUGGCAAUGAAGUCGCAGAUGGUUGUACUGAUGCUCCUGUUGAUUUCAGUGCAGUAUCUCGAUGGGCCAGUAUAAUUGAAUGCGCUAUCUAUUUUGCACAGAUGGUGCAGGAAGCUCCUCACUUCAGAGGUGUUGAAAUAAACCUUGCGAAAUCAUUUGAAGUAGUUAACCUACUGGAGUACCAUCCGCCUAUUACCGAGGGUGUUUCCUGUGCCAAAAUCACGGUUUUGGUGGGCUCCAAAUCGGCUAGUCCGCGGGACCUUGAAAUCCCUUUGGAUUUGGCAAAAGUAGCUUGCAAAUCAGGCGUUGUUUUUGAGCCUCUCCACCAAUUUGCACAGCGAUGGAAAUCCAGAGGACGUUCGGAACUUUGA